AUGGAGGUAGAGGCUAAUGGACAGAGCUCAAUCAAUCUGCUUGAGCCCUGGCGCUGCCAUUCUGCUGGCGGUUGCCACGAUGACCUCCCCAUUUCUCCACUGGAUCUCGCUUCCGAUGACUUGACUCAAGUCCCAAGAUGUUCCGGCUCAGAUCCUUUGUUCGAAGCAUUGAUGGGAGAUUCGAAGUAUCGUACUGUUCGGAAAGCAGAAAGUACUCAAGGUCAUCGGAAGCCAAAUGCAAAAGAAACAUUAAUCCCGAGGUCCCGACCCGAAGGCCCGGGAUUCUCUUUUCCCUCAACAGAGGAUGCAAGAAAGGAAUUCAGCCCUUUGGACAUUCGACCUGAACCGGCAUCAACGGGACCUCGCGGUAUCAAGAGAAAACGCUGCAAGUCGGAUGUCGAUGGCUUCAACACGGCCGAUCUGUGUGUCAAGAAACGUCGACUUCGUGCCGAACUUAUCACGAGUCGUCUUUCUCAGCCUUAUUCUCAACCUGCCACUCACAUCCUUAACCGAGAAGGUCAAGAGGCUGGUGACAAGCGGUUCUUGAAGAUGGCUACUUCAGUUGAUAACACCCGAAGGAUCGCACAUCUUCACGCAACUUCAUUUCUCCGCUUCUCGACUAUGAAUUGUCUGAGGAAGAGGUUGAGCCUCGGGCAGACUGUAGGUAAUAAGAAGUAUGAGCAAGAAAUUGCGACUAUCACGUCGAAAGCUGCCGGCAAGACGAAUUGGCGACCUCCGAUGUUACAGGAUGCCUCGGCGGGCAAAUCUCUGAGGAUAUCACCAACUGGCACGGGAAUUAUUGGACCUUCAGGCAUGAUGGUGUCAUCGGCAAGACCUCAGCCAAGCUACCCACCUCAAAAGGCAUUUCAACAUCCAAAACCCCCAUCAUGUCGGCUAUCCAAUCCUGUGGCCCUUCCUCUACCUGUUGGCGAUGUAGCUGCAACAAAGAAGCGUACAUCACCUCGACUCUUCCCUAUCCGAUCGCCAGAGCUACGACCUACAGCGCCUUUACCUCCGCUGGACGAUCUCGAAGAGGAUAGUUUUGCAUACAUGCAUCCUGCAGAUGAUGACUGGGACGAUGUGGGCGAUGAUCAAGACAGUGUAUAUUCUGACUUCAGCGUUUUAUUCGGGCAGAGAGAUGAUGGCAACGAUGGGGAAGAAGACAGAUCGUAUGAGGAGUAUUUGGAUGAGCUCGACGGCAUCUGCUGGAUGUCAAGAUAG